AUGGUGCAGGAAAAAGGCGUCCGUUUCCAAGGUGGAUUGGAGAAUGUGCUAGGCCAGCUGACGCAGCAACAGCAGUGGGAGAGAGAUGCCAACGUAGUGGCUGCAUCAGCUGUUAGGGAACAGAAGAGGUUUGAGGGGCCUUCCAACACAUCGGAACAGAAGAAGGCGUUGAUUGAUGCGGGCUACAAGGCAAAGCGGAGGCACUAUGAAAAACGGCUCCUUCUAAAAGACCCGAAUCAGAUUGGUCUUGGAAACGUACUUGAUGGGCAGAAUCCACUUAUAAGGAGGGAUAUGUUUAGGAGAAAGCUUUUUCCCAUUCGAUUUGAAGAGGCCGCUAAGAACGUUGAAGAAGUGCAGCAACUGCUCAUGAAGAGGCAACCUAUUGGCCAGCUCGUUAUUUCCCUCCUCUAUCUUGCAAUGCUGCUACUUUUUUUAUCGUAUGCCCUGGAAAUCACCAAGAUAUUUGAAGCAAGAGACGGAAUUGCAUCUCCGCUAAACUCCGCGCUGGCCCCAGCACUUUCUAGUUUCAGCUCUAUUAGCUAUGAGGUGGCAAAAUCUGAGCAAGCGGCUCCAACUCCAGCAUCAGUAGCAACCAAUCUGGAGUCGAGCCUUCCAGUGGAUAUCCAUACACUGAAGAGUAAAGCUGAUGUGGCUUCUUGGCUUCUGUUUGGCUUUAUCCCACUGCUUUACGGACCAUCAUCACAAGCGAGCAACUUGGGCUCUGCGAGAAUUGUUGGCAAUUGUUUCAGGCUCACCUUUCGGCAAGUUGAACUCGAACACGUUGAUGAAUUCGAUCUGGGAUAUGAAGGCAUUUGGCCCAUCGCGGCGGCUGGCGCCACCUCGACAAUUGCAGCAGCAAAUCUGCGGUCCGAUGACCCGCUUAUAAGCCCACCAGGCUUCAGGUUCACGUACUCGUACCCCUUCGCUGCGUCUGGUGACGCCAAGGCAUUUAACCAAAGCGGAGGAUAUUACCAAGUCAUUUGCGAAGGCUCAAUGCAAGCAGCUCAAAAAGCACUACGGCAGAACCAGGACACGUCUCGUUACCCUCCUUGGUUUGUCCCGUUGCCAGUAAUUGCCGACCGCCGAACGAUCUCCGCCGUCGUUGACUUCUUCGCCAUCAACCCGGCCACACAGACGUUUUCGCACUGCGCUGUCCUCUUUGCUUUCACCAGCUCAGGUACAGUUCAGAGACCCCUGGUGUGGAUCUCGUCCUUGAUAUCCUUCUCGGCACAAUCUGGCGGUCUGGUGCGAUAUACUUCACUUGGCUUGACGCUGGCGUCCAUGCUUGUGUACUUGCUGUGCGAGUACGUGGAAAUGAAAAAAUUGGGUUUCAAGUCUUGGCUUAAAAGUGGCUGGACAAUAUUUCUCCUACUUCAUCUCUUUGUGUUGCUUGGUUUUCUCUCCUCGUUUGCCGCUGCACAAGUCAUUGCAAUUCUGGCUCCCAAAAUUGAGACAACGAUAGGAGCUAAUGGAUAUUACGACAUUUUGGAGGCACCCAGCGCAGUCAGCGCGUCGGGGUUUUUCCAGCUGCUCGCGCACUACUAUAACUUGUUCCGCGCAAACGACGCAGCACAACAGGCAUGCAUUACAUUCGGGUCUCUUGCCGCAUUGACAGGCUUAACGACAUCUGCAGCUUUUCUGUUAGGUGGGACACUUGGGAACUAUGAUCCUUACACGAUGACUGCUGUAAAUCCUACCCUUGCUGGGAUCUUCUUCGUGCCACUCUUUCUGGUCUUCUCUGCUUUUGGAUUUACCAUCGUAACUGCAGUGGUGCUGAGGAAGCACGAUUUCUGUGCUGAAUCGGUGCAACAAGGCGUCAUCAAGUAUAAACUUGAAGGAAAGGAUGUCUUUCGGACGCGGUACGAAUGGUUAGUGCAAAGCGUAAAAUCGGGAUGCGCAGCUUUUUGGAAGGCCAUGGUUGGCUGUUGGAAGUCGCAGACGGUGGUGUUGCUUGAUGAGGGCGCCGACCACGUUGUGGAUGAUGACAUCAAAGAGGCCAGGGAACUCAAAGAAAAGAAAAUGGCCAGGCGGAGAUUGCACCGCUCGAUUAAAAACAAAGGAAAAGAUUUUUACAGGCGUGAACAAUACGAAGAAGGAGAACUGUCUUCAGUCGAGGAAGACGACGACUUACCCCCACAAUACCCUCCGUGGGUUUGGAAUGCACUAGGCAUGGAAGAUCCUCGAAGCAAAUACGCUUCACGGGCUGGAGAGGAACAAGGGUUCUACGUGGACCCAGCCAGCAUAGACACCGAUCUUCUUCUUCCUGCAGGCACGUAUUCCAGGACGUAUGGCUGCUUCAGUGGAUUUAACGUGGCUAGCGUGACAGACAGGUCGAAUUGGUAUUUUACGCCGGAUAUUCCAUGUACACACGUGGCAGAAUAUCCGGCCCCUUCUGUUGCUAAGGUAUACGUUCUUGUGAGGAACCAAACCCAGAAAGACCACGAAGACGCUUGGAAGAAGCUCUUCGUAGUGGCGUUUGUUGCCAUCAUAGUGGCUACUGUCAGCUUGCAACUGUCAGUGGACGCGGCUGCGGACAUAAGGGACAUGUCUGGCAAGGCGAUUGCCAAGUCUGGGUUUCCGUUGGAACCUGUCGAAUUUACGUGCAAGGAUGCUUCCACAGGUACUACGUACCAGCAACUUGUGCUGUGUAACUGGAACUGUGCGAUUAUUGCACGUUCUGUUCGUGUUGGUUUAACCCUCCGCCAUGAGUCAGCGUAUCCAGCUAAGCUGGGCUUUACGUGUGAGUCGCUCCAGUGCAACUAUCAGCCACUCUUCGAACCCACUGCCUUUCGAGCAUUCUUAGAAGAGCUCGUACAUCAGGACAUCUUGCGGGAUGUAGGUGCAGAGUUGGCGUUCUACGCUGUCCUUGUAAACCCUAAUUCUGACAACUUGUUAUUCGAGUUGUCGAUGAGGUUUCGCCGAGACCGUGGCGGUACCGUUGCACCCAGCCUCUCUGUUGAAGCAUACGAGUUGCAGCCAUACGCCGCCUGGCACUCAACAAGGAUAGCUGCUAUCGCUUUGCAAGUUGCCAGCCUUGCGCUCUUCUUGUUUUUUGGUGCUUCAUUCUUUGUCGAGCUCCACCGGUUGAGGAGGAGCUUGAAGCAGGAGCGUGAAGACUACAGUUUUGGUUUGUGCUUGGGGGUUUUCUUCGUGGACGACCUUUUUAACCUGUUCGAUUUAAUUGGAUUCGGAGUGUUGGCAGGUUCGAUCGGGGUGUGGGUACUUUACGUGCUUACCUCAACGCACUCCCAAGUGUUCAAUUUAGCAGAUGACCUUGCCAAAGCAUCAGCAGCUUCUGCGGCCGGUGGCACGCAGGAAGCAGAUGCAGCUGCAGCUGCUGGGGUGCUCUUUGAAGCCGUCAAUUCAACAGCUGCCUCCCUCCGCACCUAUGCUCAGUUGGCGGCCGCUAUCUUGGCCGUGGCAUUUCUUCGGUUGCUUCGUAUUGGGCGCAAGCGCAAACGCGUAACCCUCAUGUUCUUCGCUCUUGCUUCUGCAGCGGAGGAGAUGAUCCAGGUUCUGAUGGGGACAACACUAGUGUUCAUUGGGUUCUCCUAUUUAUGCUUUCUGUCCUUUGGGCGCCAAUUGGAGGGCUACUCAACCCUCAAGAAUUCCUUUAUUUCCACGAUCAUGCUAACGACGGGCUUUUUCCCCCUAUCGCAACUUUUUCAUGCGGAUGCCGUCACAGCUGGGGCUUUUCUUUUCCCGUAUCUCUUUUUCAUGGGAAUAAUUUGUUUUAGCUUCUUCCUGUGCGUUCUGCUUCGGUCGCUGGCUUUCCGCUCAGCUGAAAUCAAAGCAAUGGAGAGACUUGGGAAGAUUUCGCAUCGGUCAGCACUUGAAUCCGCACAGCUUUUUUUUGCGGAGCUUUUGUGUAAAUUUGGUUCGAAAGGAGCAGUGGUGCAUCAUCAGCAGGAGAUGGUGGAAGUAGAAGGCCUGAGGCAGCUCGACGAUACAAUUUUGCACCGUGGAAAGUCGACUACCAGGGAGCAGCAAGAUAAGGCCGGUGCGUUGCGAAAGAUAGAGGAAGCGGAAAGGAGGCAAAGGGAGAAGCCGCUAAAAGUUGUGGAGCUGCCUCCGGAUGUGGUUACCACUGCUCUAUCUGACGAGCAGUAUGCUGCGUUGCCAAACGAAAUUCGUUCGUAUGCUGCUCAAGAAGUCGCUCUUUUUGUCGACCGAUUCCGCAUGAUGGCGACUCAGUUGAGCCUCGGCAGCGGCAACAUGGUGUCCCUUCUCCAACAGCUAGAGAACGAGACUCACGCAGAACUUUCCAGGCUUUCUCGUGAAGUGGCCCAGCAAGAGGGCCAUCUGCGGCAUGAGUUGUCAGUUUACGCAACUCAGGUGGUUAAUGGGCAGCAGCGACUGACGGCGUAUAUAAAAUACGUUGAGAAGGCACUGCAAGAUAGAGAGGAGGAACUCCAGAUACAAAAGCAGGAGCUGGAAAUCCUUGAGUCCCGAAUGGAUGCUUACCUAGAUAAAACUGCAAGGCAUGAAAGCCAUGAAAGGUAUAGUUGA